UAGGAGGGGCUUCUAAACGACUAGAAAUGUCAAUCUGAGCAAGGGAGUCCCAAUAAUCUAAAGCAAUCUGUAAGGACCUGACCUUAGUCCAUCCAGAUCAAUAGGGAAGUGAGGGUGGAAAGGAGAAGAAGAGGAAGAAAUAAGGGGCGCAACCGGAUCGUUUACACUGGCUGUUCCCGAGGAAAUAUAGACUUCCCUUGCCUGCACCUUUUGUUGCUCACAUGCUCACACUGUAAAAGUGGAUAUCGAGGCAAUUCCCUUGCUUUGUGUGAUUGCAGCAGACUUUUUUCCCUUUUCCUACCACCAUGUCUUUCCCUCAGCUGGGAUAUCAGUACAUCCGACCGAUAUACCCGCCGGAGCGCCAGGGGAUCGCCAGCAAUGCCCGAUCCGGGACAGAGCUGAGUCCGUCCGGCGCACUCUCCAACGUCCUCUCCACUAUGUAUGGAUCUCCUUUCGCCGCAGCAGCGCAGGGCUAUGGAGCGUUUCUCCCCUACUCAAACGAUAUAUCAAUUUUCAAUCAAUUGGGUGCUCAGUAUGAACUGAAAGACAGUCCCGGUGUCCAGCACCCAGGGUUUGCCCACCAUCACCCUGCUUUUUACCCAUAUGGCCAAUAUCAGUUCGGUGACCCGUCCAGACCCAAAAACGCCACCAGGGAGAGCACCAGCACCCUGAAGGCCUGGCUCAGUGAGCACCGCAAGAACCCCUACCCCACCAAGGGCGAAAAGAUCAUGCUGGCCAUCAUCACCAAAAUGACCCUCACCCAGGUGUCCACCUGGUUCGCCAACGCCAGGAGGAGGCUAAAGAAGGAGAACAAGAUGACCUGGGCCCCCCGGAACCGCACCGACGAAGAGGGGAAUGUUUACUCCAGCGAUCACGAGGGGGAGGAGGGAGACAAGAGGGAGGACGAGGAGGAGAUCGACUUGGAGAACAUCGACACGGAAAAUAUUGAGAACAAGGACGACUUGGACGACCAGGACGACCUGCAUUCAGAUAUUAAACUAGACGGGAGGAGUGACUCUGAGAUUUCUGACGGCUAUGAGGAUUUACAAGGGCCCGACCAGAGGUUUCUAAAGGCUGUGGGGAAAGAGGGCAAAGACGUGGAGAGAGGAGGAGAGCACUUCCACAGCCACCACCAUCACCACCAUCAUCACGCUUCUUUGGACACCAAAGCGUCCCAACCAAACGGAGAGCAGCUCAAACUGAACCCAGUGUCCGUUAGCUCGCCGCCCUCAGAAAACAAUCCUGCCCCAGCCCAAAAGCCAAAGAUCUGGUCUUUGGCAGAGACAGCCACGGCCCCUGACAAUCCCCGUAAAUCGCCACAAAUGAACGGCAGCAACUCCGCAGGGCCGGCCGCCCAGACCAUAAUCGCCCCUCACAGACUUAUCUCUUCUUGUCCCGUUGGGAAAAUCCAGAACUGGACGAACCGAGCCUUCUCGGCGCAUCAGCUGGCUUUACUGAACUCAAAUCAUUACCUGGGACUGGCAAACCAGGCCACCGCCACCGGCCUGGCCCUCUACAGCAGCAGGCAAACGGAGGACAAGAGUCAUAGUUCAGAGACUCCAGUCACAGGCCACACAGAUGAACAGUGUUACAAUGUUAUAUCUUACAGAAUACAGUGUGUGUGAUGUGUGUGCGUGUGUGUGUGUGUGUGUGUGUGUGUGUGUGUGUGUGUAACUGCUUUGAAAAAUGUCCGAGAGGAUAAACGAAAAACCUCGUCAGAAAGCAUUUAAGAAAAAAGUCUAAUGUUGAAUUGGGUGAAAACUUGUUCUUAUUUUUGUGCCCCCCCCUUUUCCUUCCUUUAUUUGGUAUUGUUACAUCCAUGUGAUAUUAAGGCCCACGUGCUUGUAUUCAAUGGUUUACUGGUUUACAUAAAUCCCACAACCAUUAAAACCAACUAGUUUUUCAACACUAAAUUCACUGAAAGCCAGGAUGGGCUCCGAUUACAGGCAGUUAAAUUAAAUCAUUUUAAUUUUCAUUGCCACAAUUUCAGAGAGAUCUAGUGCCUUGGAUGCAGAGGAAAAAAAAGUUGUUUAAAAGCAGCUUUCAGUUCAAAGAAAGUGAGGCUGUCAGUUAAUGACAUCUGGGAAUUUUUUUUUGAUGCCAUAUCACAUUUUCUUUUUUAAACGCCAUAUUUACCCAAAUUAGCUUUUAUUCUAAGAUUUGUUUUAUCCCUGUGUGUGCGCUUGUGUUAUUUCGUCAAGGCCUAUGUUACACUUACUUGUUUGGUCAUGCAAAUGAGCUCAAUGCAAAUUCACUACAGGCUCGUUUUUGAAAGGCAAUUGUCACUUUUAUAUCACUUUGUGUUUUAGCUCUUCGUGAGGCUAUUAUUAGUGUUUUUUUGUUUUGUUUUUUCGUUUUGUUUUUUUGGAUCACUACAAUUUUUUUUUCUUUUACCCCUGUGUAUUUCAGGCCUCAGAACCAACUAAGCAGCGGUGGUUCUUUCGGCUCCCUCCAUAACCUCUCACCCAUCCUCUCUUUUCUUUUUCUUUUAAUUUGAAUAUGGAAUGUAAAAUAAGAAUAAUACAUCUCUGUAUACUUACAUUGUAAGCAUGUCCUGUGUAAAACUGCUAAUGUAAUAAUGUAUGAACCUGUAGUCUGUGAGUUUUUUUUCUUUUUGUAAGUUCUGUGAGGAUUUGAUGUUCAAAUGUUUUGUAUAUAAAGUUAAGAAUAUGUACAUACUUGUGAACCAAAUUGUACAAGAAAGUCUAUAUUUUGGCUAAUAAAUGAACUGCUGCAACUUUAA